GAUCUUUGAAACUGGAUAGAAGAGGAGACGGGCAUGAGCAUUGGCACCAACUUUCAGUAUGGCUCAAAAGAUGGCAUCAUCCUCUGCGAGCUCAUAAACAAGUUGCCAGGCUCAGUGAAGAAGAUUAAUGAGUCCUUGUUAAACUGGCCCCAUUUGGAGAAUAUUGGGAACUUUAUUAAACCUACUCAGGCUUAUGGCAUGAAGCCACACGACAUAUUUGAAGCAAAUGAUCCUUUCGGGAAUGGAAACAUGACCCAGGUUCAGACUAUGCUGGUGGCUCUGGCAGGUCUGGCUAAAACAAAAGGAUUCCAUAAAACAAAUGACGCUGGAGUUAAGUAUGAUGAAAAGCAAAAAAGACAUUUUGAUGAAAGAAAGUUAAAAGCUGGCCAAAGUGUAACUGGUUUGCAGAUGGGAGCCAGCAAAUGUGCCAGCCAAGCAGGUAUGACAGCCUAUGGCACCAAGAGGCAUCUUUAUGAUUCCAAAAUGCAAAAUGACAAACCUUUUGACCAGGCCACAAUUAGUAUGCAGAUGGGCACCAACAAAGGAGCCAGCCAGAUGGGGAUGUCAGCACCAGGUACCAGAAGAAACAUCUAUGAUCAGAAGCUAACAUUACAACCAGGGGACAACUCGACAAUUUCUCUACAGACGGGAACCAACAAAGUUGCUUCCCAGAAAGGAAUUAGUAUGUAUGGGCCUGGGCGGCAAGUACAUGAUCGCAAAUACUGUGCCACUCCCACAGAACCUGUCAUUCGCAAUGGAAGCCAAGAAACAGGAACAAAUGGGUCUGAAAUUAGUGAUAGGGAUUAUCAGGCAGAACACCCAGAUGAGUAUCACGGAGAGUACCAAGAUGACCACCCCAGAGAUUCCCAAUAUGGCAACCAAGGCAUUGAUUACUAG